AAAUCUUUACCUUGAAAAAAAAAAAAACUUCUUUGUUCAUACAAGGAAAAAAAGACAGAUAAUAGUGACAAAUGAAAUACCGAGCCAAGGAAAAACGAAAAAAUCCCAAUUGCAACCAUAAUGAAAAAGGUGCUCUGGCUGUGAUGCGUGGAGGGUGGGCGAGGGCAACCAGGGUCGUAGGUGUUGUAGUCGUGCUAAGUGUAGCAUGGCUCCAACUCGCGCUCCCUCCUUUACCUCAUGACCCUCAGGCUUCUCUUGGGGGUGGUGCUCGUGAAACCCCAGAGCUUGACCCAGCAAUCAUCAUCCACCACAGCCCAGCUUCAAAGUUCCUACAGGCCAAAGAAAAACCUUCAAGCUCCUCAGAGGGGUCGAAACUUACAGCAGAACAGAUUCAGGAGAUUCGUGAGCAAAUUCAACUUCGCAGUGGGAAUGAGACAGUCUUAAAUGAGGAAUUAUUUGGACCUGUUCAACCUGAUACUAUUGUCAUAGCAGUCCAGGUACACAAUCGGUUAGAGUACUUAAGACAUUUAAUUGUGUCUUUAGCACAAGCAAGAGACAUAGACUCUGUAUUGCUCAUAUUUUCCCAUGAUAAUUUUGAUGAAGACAUCAACCAGCUAGUCACAACCAUUGACUUUUGUAAGGUGAUGCAGAUCUUCUAUCCACACUCUUUGCAGACCCAUCCCGACAGCUUCCCUGGAGAGUCUCCUGGUGACUGCCCAAGAAACACGAAGCCUGAAGAAGCUGCAAAACUUAACUGCAUAGGUAGCCCAGACCUCUACAACCACUACAGAGAAGCUCGGUUCACACAAACUAAACAUCAUUGGUGGUGGAAAGCAAACAAAAUAUUUGAUGAUGUGUGGGUCCUGAGAAACCACACAGGGUUGGUGCUCUUCCUGGAAGAGGACCAUUAUGUCGCUGAGGACUUCCUGCACAUGCUUCGACUCCUCUCAGCAGCCAUCCCUCGAGCCUGUUCCAAGUGUUCACUCAUAACAUUAGGGAACUAUUUGAAAAAUUAUAAUUUCCAGAUAGAUGGAAGAAAGGUGGAGGUUACUCAGUGGGUAUCUUCAAAGCACAACAUGGGUUUUGCUUUUAAUCACAGUGUGUGGCAACAGAUAAAGGCAUGUAGCUCACAGUUUUGUGAUCAUGAUGACUACAACUGGGACUGGUCACUACUUCAUGUGAGCUCCACCUGCCUUCCACAGAAAUUGCACACACUUGUUCUCCGUGCCCCAAGGGUCUUCCACAUUGGAGAAUGUGGUGUCCACCAUAAAAAGAAAGACUGCAGCUCGCGCACUGUCUUACACAAAGUGCAUCGAGCUAUACAAGUGGGACAACAUACCUUAUUUCCACGACAACUUAUUGUUGUUCAUACACCUCCAAAAAAGGUGAAAAAGCACAAGGGCAAUGGAGGCUGGGGUGACAAGCGGGAUCAUGCCCUUUGCCGUUCAUUUAGCAUUAGCACCGCUCCUGAUUCUGUGAUGGUCAACAGCUCUAUAUUGUCGACACAAGUGCUUGGUAACACUUCAGUUAAUGGGAGUGUGAUAGUACGCAGUGGCUCUUGAUCAUGGUACUGCAAUUUUCGUAUUACUGAUGUAUAUAAGGUGAGAUUUACAAUGUGAUGAUUUUUUUUGCUCCAGGGAAGGAAAUAUAGUUGUAAAUGAAUGAGGUCCUUAUUAAUGCUGAGAUCUUUACAUUACUGCAAAUUGAUUAAUUGAUCAGAAAAUGGAUAAUCUUUGCACAAUAAAGUAUAUGGAUGCCAUUUAAAGCAAGUACCAUUAUUCAUUAUUUGUUGCUUUUGUUACCAUGCUUUCAUUUUACAUAUAGGUAGAUGUGUGGAAAUUGAAAAGAACAAAAGCAAAAGUGUAAACAUGUUGCAAGGCUAGUUUCCUUGAUUUUAUGGAGAGUUCAUAAUCAGUAAGCAGAGUUUGAUACCUCUGUAUCAAGCACAACAAGGCAUAGUAUUUUGUCAAAGUUACAUAUAUGAGAUUAUACUCUGUAAGUAUGACAAUCAGUUUGUAUUUAACCCUACUAUGAAUGGGUAUAUGAAUAUUAUUGUAUGUUUGGAAAGGCUCCUACUGUUGAAGUCUUUUUAGUUACUGCUUUGAAAGACAUUUUUUUCAAUAUUUGAAUUAUAUUCCUUUUUUUGUGCUUUGAAAGACAUUUUUUUCAGUAUUUUGAAUUAUAUUCCAUUUUAUUUGUAACCCAUUGCUGCUGGGCCCAUGCACUGUCCACUGUGGAUUUUGUAUUAUUCGUUUUAAUUUGUGAUAAACUCACCAAAGACUUUUUUAAUAAGCCUACUGGAACUUGCCUGUUUACCCCUUUUUUUUUUGUUUUUUGUUUUUUUUUAAAUAAGUUUUUUAAUGUCUGUUACUAUUAUUAUUG